AUGGCGAUCUCUUUCGCAACCACAACUCCGCUGUCCGACCACCUCCACUAUGGAGAGGAGGAGAAUAACCAGGAGGGAACGCUGGUCAACCACAAUCUUAGUCCCUCACAUCCUACUCACAUUGACCCAAAUGGUAGGUCCUCCCUCUAUCAAUACCUGCCUGACCUCCUAAAAAUCCUUAGAUCUCUGAAUCACCCCGACAAGUGGAAAAGAUUCACCGAAAUCCUUGACUCCCUAACAGAAGAAGCACGAACCGAACUUAAUAUCCGCCCCCGUCCUCAACAAGCUGCCGUCCCCCGACGCCCACCAACGGUCACUGAAGCCUUGGAUGCAAAACUGAUCCAAAAGCUCUACAAGAGAAACAGAAGACGAGCAGUUCGGCUCAUCCUGGAUGGGGAUUCUCCCCCGUGUGUCAUUCCCACCAACACUCUCCACCAAUUUUUCACCGAGCGUAGGUCAGAAAAACCCUACGAUAAUUCUUUCUACCAACCAUAUGGGGGCUCUCGUGAACCACUCCCUUGCGACAUGUUCUCACAAACCGAGGUCAUCAAACGGCUUCGCAAGUUUGAGAACUCUGCCCCCGGUGACGACCAAAUAACUUACCGACACUGGCUCAGCCUUGAUCCCGAAGGAUGCCUGGCGUCUCGUCUAACAACGUGGCUAGUCAACAACAAAGUCCUCCAUUCUAGUCAAAAAGGAUUUCUUCCUUUUGAUGGUGUAUUCGAACACAACUUUGUGCUUCAACAUCGGAUGCAAGAAGCAAGGACUCGAAAACAGGACCUUUACGUAGCAUGGUUGGACUUCUCUGACGCAUUUGGGUCCAUCCCCCACGCUGCUCUUACUGACUCCCUCCGCCAUUAUGGAAUCAGUGACUACUUAUCUCCCAUCAUCCAAGAUAUGUACACUGAUGCAUCUACACACGUCGUCUCCAGUGACGGUGUCACCGCACCCAUCCAAAUACGAUCUGGAAUACACCAAGGUGACCCACUUUCCAGUAUUCUAUUCAACAUCGCGAUAAACCCCAUCCUAGAGAGGAUCCACAACUCGGGCGACGUCAACCACCAAGCCCUCUCCUUCGCUGACGACCUAACCCCGAUGGAUGAGACUUAUGAAGGACUGCAAAAUAAAAUCAACAUCAUCAACUAUGAGUCCCAACGUCUCUCCAUCCAACUCAACCCUAAAAAGUGCGUCUCUCUACAUCUCAGCGGAAAAACUCCGGUUGGAUCAAGACCAUCCAUUUUCAGGAUCGAAGAUACCCCCAUAGAAUAUCUCAAUGACCACGAGUCAACUCAAUUUCUAGGGAAGCCAACUGGCUUCCAACUCUUCAAAGACAAUUCUUCGGUCGAAUCUUACAUCCAAACCGGACAAAAGAUCUUAUGCUCUAACCUCGCCCCGUGGCAAAAGAUUGAUGCAAUGAAAACUUUCUUCUACUCCUCCCUAACCUUCCCAAUGAGAACAGCGCAGCUUUCCAAGACCCAGUGGGAGAAAGUGGAUAAAGCCCUCCGUCCACUUUUCAAAGAUACCCUCAAACUCCCACGUGAGGCCGCGAACGAAUAUCUCUACGGUGGAAGAAACUCCGGAUCCUGCGCCAUACCAUUAGCUGCGGAAGACAGUGAUCUCCUUCUCAUUGACAACGCCUUCAAACUGCUCACCUCCAAUGAUCCCACCAUAAAAGAAUUAGCCCUAGCCGACCUACUCAACACCACGAGUAAAAGAACCAGACCCCAAACUCCCACCCUUGAGGACGCUGCCCUCUACUUAUCCGGCUACAAUGAAGGCUCAUACCGCACCACCACCAAUGCCAUAUCCAACGUGUGGACACAAGCAAGACAGGCAUCAUCCCGUAUAAAAGUCUCAUGGACGAUUGAUGAUGACGGUCCCUCUCUCCAUCACUUGGACAUCACCCUCGAACCACGGCACAGGCAAGCUAUCGCCCGCACUCUCCGCCAACAAACUCGACAAGUCAGAGACAAACGUCUCCACAGUCUUGCCAACCAAGGAAAAGUGAUGGAGGUUGUUGCCCAAUCUAAAGCAAGUCAUCAUUUCAUUCAAAACGGUGACUACAUCCGAUUUGCUGACUGGCGUUUCAUUCACCGAGCAAGACUCAACCUGGUCCCCCUUAACGGUGCUAAAAUGUGGCAACGGGGCAAUAAUCAAGCCUGCAGUCAAGCCUACACCCACCGCCACAACGCCAUAGUCCAUCGACUGAAGACCGCUCUUGCCAAGUUCACCAUCAUCGCAGAAAACCAAACGGUCGUCCCCAACCUAGACAUCCGUCCUGACUUACUAGCAGUAAAAGAUAACCAUGCCUUCAUCAUUGACGUCACCAUCCCGUUUGAGAAUCGACCCGAAGCAUUCACUAAAGCCCGAGAAACCAAGAUGGAGAGAUACAAACUUCUUCAACAAGCCCUUCUCUCAAGAUACGGUGCAGUCGAUAUUGUCCCAUUCAUUGUCGGAUCUCUUGGAUCAUGGGAUAAUAACAACGACCAAUUCCUUCGCUUAGUGUGUGCCAAAUCCUAUGCAAAACUCUUUAAAAAACUUUGUGUAGUGGACUGUAUUAAGUGGUCAAGGGACAUCUACAUCGAGCAUCUUACCAACAUUCCCCAAUACAAAAAACCAUAA